CAAACUGCAUUGCACAUAGCGGCUACAUCAGGAAACUCCAGUUUAAUGGGGAAAUUGCUAACAGAAGGCCUCGAUGCAAACCAAGCAGAUAACUCGGGAGAUACUCCGUUAAUUCUCGCAGCCAAGUUUGGCCACUUCUCGAUAGUGCAACAGCUGCUUGAUGUCAAGGCCAACCCAUCCUUUGUUGGAUCUCAAACUUCUCAAACAGCGUUACAUGUUGCCAGUGCAUAUGGGUAUCUAGAUAUCGUUGAGCUUCUUCUCAGUUACGGUCCAUCAGUCAUCAAAACUCAAGAUUGCAAUGGAAAUACGCCUCUG